AUGGACGCUCUGUCUGGUCUGGAUGCUCACCAGAAGCCCCCGGAAGACAUCCGGCUGGUCUAUAAGUCAUACCAGAAGAUGAAAGUGGCGGCGUUAGAUUGGGAUGAAAACCUGCUAGACUUUAAGAGAGAAUUAUCAAAAACGCAUAAAAGCAAGGUCAAAGUCUUGCACACACUAGACUAUGAACAUCUUCAAGGUAUCUUCCAACAGUUCACCGGAGAAGUGGUGGAUGUCAGUAAUCGAGCCUGCGAAAAGAAGGCAACGAUUCCAGCUUCGAUACCGGUGUAUGAACACGAUGACUGUCCAGGCUUACGCAUAAUUCCAUCCGCAAUCCCAUUGAGUACUCAAAGAGUUCUCCUGGACCGGCUGCUCCAUCGAGAUCUCGUGAAUCCAAGGCACAUGACCAACGUGCAUCUACAUCACCACCUCAUACAACCAGCGUCUGGUCAGUCUUUUUUCUCACUUCCACCGGAGCCUGUGCCAGUGUACAGACCAAAAGACCCGGCGGUCCAUGGGCCCCUCACGCUCGAAUCGCUUCUGAACCGAAAACUUCGAUGGGUCACUCUGGGAGGCCAGUAUGACUGGACCAGGAAGAGAUAUCCCACAUCUGAGCCUCCACCAUUCCCUGAUGAUAUCGCUCGCCUGCUACGCGGGCUAUGUCCAGACAUAUUACCUGAGGCGGCAAUCUGUAACCUCUACACCCCAGGUGAUACAUUGAGCCUACAUCGCGAUGUCAGUGAGCAAUGUGCUGCGCCUCUACUGAGUCUGAGCAUUGGUUGUGAUGCAAUAUUCAUCCUGAGUGCCCUGAAAGAUAGGGGCACCCCAAUGGAGACAACUUAUCCACCUGCCACGAUCAAAUUGCAUUCAGGCGAUAUUGUUGUGAUGUCUGGGCCUUCUCGCUUUGCCUGGCAUGGCAUUCCCAAGGUCAUUGCAGAUACGUGUCCAGAAGCCCUGAGCGAAUGGCCGUCAUUUGAAUGUGACAGCACAUCAAGUAUAGGUGUCCGCCCUUUCUCGCAGUGGUCUGGCUGGUUGAAACGGAAGCGUAUCAAUCUAAAUGUAAGGCAGAUGUUUGCCGGUGAAUAG